AUGGAUAGAAACAGGAAGUUGGCUAAGGAAAAUGCUGAGUUGAAGAGGGCGCUGGAGGCGGCCGAGAGGGAGGAGCAUAGGCUCGUGAAGCGUGCUCUGAUGGUGGAAUACUACACCUCCAUCGAGUACGACAGAAUGGUGGGAGCAAUAGAUGCAGCCAUCCUCAGCAUUAGUGAAAUUAGCAAAAAACUAUCCAACCUGAGGAUUGAACUCACAGAAGAGCAGACCAAGAUAGCCCAGAGGGUGUCAAAUGGAACUGCCUUGGUGAACAUCAGUUUCAUCAGUGUCCAAAACAGCAACCAAAUCAACAUCAAGAAACAGCCGUAA